AGAACUACGCACCACACAGUAGAUAAAGGUCACGGACAAAUGGUUAAUGCAGAAUAAUAAAUUAUGACUUUUUUCAUCAAAUUAUGUCUAUCAUACAAACUAAUAUCUCAAGCUGGACGCCGUACGAAGUCGGCGAAUGGUUAAAAGGACUAGAAGACUUCAUCAGACCUUAUGUAAAGACAUUUAUUACUAAUAAUGUUAACGGUAAAAAAUUAUUAGAUUUAACUCAUGCUGAUCUCAGAAAUUUGAAAUUGGAAAAAAUUGGGCACCAGGAACUGAUAAUUCAAGCGAUUCAACUGCUAAAUUCUUUGCAAUACGAUCUCAACCAGGAGAACAUACAGCAUUUAGCUUUUAAGCUACGAUGCAAAUCCUUGAGUUUACAAAAUGAAGUAAAAAUUCGUACUGCCGAAAAAACUUUGUUAAUUGAAUCUGAACUCCAAAAUGGCGGAAGAGUCGACUCUCCUUCUUUGCCUAGGUCCUAUAAUAAACACCAUAAGAGGCGGGACGACCAAAAGAAAGGAGAUUUUGAAAAAAUCAAGUUAGCUAUUCCAGUUUUGUCUGCUAUUUCUGAUAUAGUUGAGGCAAUAAAGGUGUUGAUUAAUUGGCUCGAUAGAUCUCCAUUCGAUUCAAUGGAAGAAUUCGUUCGGAAAAGGCGGAAAAUCUGCACGUUAGGUAUCGAAUUGAUAACGGCUGCUAGAGGUGAUAAUGGAGGCUUUACUCAAAGUUAUUUAGAGUCCAAUCUUGGAGAACUUGUCGCCAACUGUGAUGAAAUAAUACGAGAUUUUAACGAUCCAUUAGUCACCAUGGGUCCUUCGCUGGAAGUAGCAACAGUUAGAAAGCAGCAGGAUCAACAAUUGGGAAUACACAUUCAAUCAACUCACUAUGGAACUCAUAUGAUUGAAGAUGUUAAAGAUAAUUCCCCUGCUAAAUUGUCUGGCAAGCUAGAAUUUGGAGACGAAUUGAUUCAAGUGAAUAGACAAACUAUCGUUGGUUGGAGUUUACCAAAACUUGUUGAACUUUUACAAAACCAACAAGAGAAUAAGGAAAUUCAUUUGACAGUCAAAAAACGUCCUAAAUUACCGUCCAGUCGUUCAGUGAAGAAUUCUCGAUCUGGUCGGAUAAAAAUGUGUGGAACUUUACCAAGCAGGACAAGUUCUAUUCGUCCAUCGUCGUCAAGUCAAAGUCCUGGCAGUGGCAUUGAAGACACUAAAGACGACCAUGAUAAUGACGAAGUGUUUGACAGUGACGCACCAUUACCAUCUGUAAUGAGUCUUUCGGCAAUCGAAAAACAAAGGAGAGCUACUGUUUCUGGAGGUAGCCCAACAAACCAGAGACCGUCAAACGGUUCCGAAGCGUCAACUGAUUCCUCACCCGACGGGGCUCUUCAACUUUCUUCUUCACCCACCAAAAAAUUACAUAAUAAAAAGAAUUCGGACUAUUUCCUCGAGGCAGAUGGAGGAUCUCCGAGAUUAUUACGGGUUCAAAAGUUGUAUUCCACAAGGAGGACAAAUAAUGAAGGGUAA